GCGGACAGGAGUCGAGGCGACAACCGGCAAUAACCUGAAUGAAAUUGCACAAUAUUUAUGCAGUUAAUACACACAGAAUCUCAAACUGAGUGGUGUUUCAUUGUCAUCAGAUAUAACUUCCUGAGGAGGCGCCUCCUCCCUCGCCUCCCCUGACGAGCCGCGACUGCUAAUAUGUCAUGGCUUGAUGGGGAAUGUCAGAGCUAUAGUAACCACCCUCUCCUUCCAUCUCUAGAUGACAGAGGCAGAUGUGUGAGGAAUAGACAUGGACAUGGUGUACCUGCGGACCAGCAGAUACACACUGGAGAGGGAUGUGCCCAUAGUACGCCUUGAGAAAAAUGCUGAACUCAGGGAAAUUUAUGAAUUUGGAAGGAAAUUGGGUCAAGGUAGCUUCGGAGUUGUUUAUGAGGCCACCCACAUUGAGACACAGACAAACUGGGCUAUUAAGGAGGUUUGCAAACCAGCGGCAGGAAGUUCAAAAGUCAAGAUGCUGGGGCACGAAAUAAACAUCCUCAAACAAGUGAAUCAUGCCCACAUCAUACAUCUAAAGGAAGUCUACGACACGCCGAGGACGACGUAUUUGGUUACUGAGCUGUGCGCUGGAGGUGAACUGAAGCAGCUGUUGCUGCGGAAAAAGUUCUUUACAGAGGACGAGACGAGGCAUAUCAUCUCUACCUUGGCUGAUGCUGUUGUCUACCUUCACAAAAGAGACAUUGUGCACCGCGACUUGAAACUUGAGAACAUUCUUGUGAAAUCUCCUAAUGAGGGUGAUAAUGACAGGAUUCAUAUCAAGGUGACAGACUUUGGAUUAUCGGUGCAGACAGGCGGUGUAGGGAUUGAGAACAUUAUGACGGAGGCCUGUGGGACUCUUAUCUAUAUGGCUCCUGAAAUGAUGAGCGGCCGUGGUUACAGCCAUUGGUGUGAUAUGUGGAGCAUAGGAGUCGUCAUGUAUAUGUUGCUGUGUGGGGAGCCUCCGUUUUUGUCAAAGACAAAGACAAACUUACUCGAGGAAAUUAUAAACAAAGAUGUCACAUUUACUCAAUCCAUCUGGGCCACAGUCAGUGAUGCAGCGAAAAAUAUACUGACUUGCCUCCUGCGGGUUGACCCUGCCUACCGCAUGUCUGCUAAUCAGCUACUAGAAAACCCAUGGAUUACAGGUGACACUAAUGUGCCUGCUAUACCGUCCAACGUGCUGGAUAUGAUGCGCAACCAACUGGAAGAGGAGGAGAGAGGACGGACGCUGGAGGACUUGUCCCUCACCUCCACUGAGGACACAAUUGACGUCCUCCCUCCGGUCCCCGGGCCAACAUGUGUAGAAAUGGACAGUUACUGCAGUAGCUUUGGGAGAGACAACAGCUUCUACACACCCGCCACAUCCACCAAGCAGAUCCCAUUGGUGAAGAAACUAAACGUCAUGGAAUCCAAAUCUCUCAUGUUCGUCUUUGGGUUUCUCUUGUAUCUUGGUAUAAAGACUAAAGACAACGGAGGCAGACUCCAGCAGGACAAGUACAAAAAUGGCUCUGAAACCUGGCGACCAUCUCGACCCACCACCACAAAGUCUCGUGCCAGUGAGAAUACCACACAGCCGAGUGCAAAUCAGCGCAGGCCUCAGGACAAGAAGGACGUCAGCACAGGACACAAAUCAGCCUCUGACGACCAGAGACCCUCUACCUCCGGUAAAAGUAGGACCGAGCAUUGAAAACCUCCUCCUUAUACCAAUUCAGAGUAAAACUGGAAAUUAGGACGCUUUGGACGAAAGCGUCAGCUAAAUGAAUGUAAUGUAAUGAGAAGAAAAACAAUGAGCCACAUCAUGCGUGAGAAAAGGACUGAGAGUGAACAUACAAGUGGGAGAGCAAAAGAGAGUGAGUGAGUGAGUGAGACACCAUUUCAUGUAAUUCUGGUUAUUUGAUGUAAUCCUGUGAUGUAUCAGCGGAGUGAAUGUAACUACUGUGAACGGUGAAGACUUUAUGGUUGAUGAGCUAAGCAGCAAAACAGUGCAAGACGUUCAAAACCACGUAGCCGAGUGUGGAGCCUCAGCAGUGCCUCGUGCCAAAGGAAAGGGAACCUGGUCUGAGGUGUUAAACUACUGCACACCGUCACAAAGCCAACUAUUUGAGAAUGCCAAGCAACCCAAAUAUAGACAGACACUUUUUCCAAGUGGCCACAAAAACAGAUUAAAUGAGCUUCUAAUUGAACGCUUUUAUUAUAGAGCAGCUACCUAGAGUAAGUCACCCAGGAGAUUUGAGCACGGCACAGCUCACUCUUUAAUAAAUCUGUUAGUAAGUCAUUUACUUAGUUCUAGCAUCAUUAUUAAUGUUCUCUCUUUAUUUAUAUACAUGGUGAUUGUACGCCUUCUCCAUAUAGAAAGUAGUAGUCACUUAAAAAAGAGUGAAUGUUAAUUUACUGCUCUGAGAAAAGUAAUCAUUGGCUCUGGGCCCACGGGGAUGUAUUAAUAUGGUCAGAAUAUCCAAACGUACAAAUCGAUUCCUCGACAAAUGUGUGAUUACAACUUGAAGCAGUCAAAUCACAAUUUUUUUUGUAAAGAAAGUUAUAAAAUGUGCCAAAAAUCAUAAAAACAGAAUUGUUUGCUAAUUUAUAUUGAAAAAAAACACACAAAAUCUUUUGUGUUGUUAUAUGAUUACUAAUAAAUUGCAGAGAACAGUCAAAAAGAGUACAGGGGAUUGUACAGGAUAUUGUCUCACAACAACAAAGUACACAAUUGGGAUUUUCUUUCUUUCCUUUUUUCUGUUCUGACCUCUCAAUUCCAAAAAUGCCCUAUAUGCAGUGACUGCAUCCACUCAGUGUCAAAACAGAAAAACUGUCACACAGGCUGGUUACGCUCCAUCUGAAUGCAGAGGAUUGGGACUGGGGGCAGCCACGGGUCUAAUCUCGUUUGGAGGCCAUUGAAAGCAGUAGGAGCUACUUUGAGGGCACUGCCAUUCAAACACAGGUUUUUUCCACUGCAAAGAGAAUAAUCCCCAGCAUAGAUUCAACAUUAAAGUAGCCAAGCAUAACACACAGAGGCUGAAUUUCAAAUUCACCCAUUUGCAUGCUUGAAGUGAAUGAGUGCCAACAAUGUAUCCCUGUGCUCAUAGACAGGCUCUGUGUUUUAGUGUGCGUGUGUAAAUGUGCCGUGUGUUUUUACUGAAGCUAUUUUCAAAAUGUAUAUCUUUAUUUCAAGAGUGUUAAAAGUGAGGACAUGCAGGAUGUUUACCCCCAUCACAUUCUGUCCGGGCGGAUAACACUGACCUUGACUGAUGGUCCUUAACCUCAUGAAUAUAUAUGCAUAACAGUUUUUUCAUUGUCCUUUGUUGGAUUUGUUUUAAAAACAUUUCAUGAGGAUGAACAAAUGACAAGUGAAUUAUCUUUGAUUUAAGCUUCUUGCCAAAAAACAUAAAAUAAAAUAAAAAUACUGCGACAUUAUUGACGCACUGUUUGCCUUUGGUUUACUGGUAUAAACAGCAGAUGGAGCUGUAGUAAGUUGCUGCAUUCAUUUCCUGGAGUUAGUCUGACAGGAGAGUGCUCUCCUUAAAGCUUCCUACCUAGUUCUGUGCAUGAGGAUGUGUAAUUAGAAUUGAUUGCUUGAGUCAGUGCCCAUUAAAACGGUGAUGUUCAUGUAAUCUGUCACUAAUUAAUGUGCUGAAUGGUUAUGUCUUGAUGGUCUUUUCAAACAAAAUAAAUGUUUAAGACCUG